AUAGUUGAGGGCAGUUACGUGAUUUUACUCAGUUCCUAAGAAAUUAGGAGUUGAUCAGGCCGUGCCAAAGUUGGUGUUCAAUUCUUUUUCAGCUAGGACCAGUGUUGAAAAUUUUGCACUUGCUGACCGAGUGUAGCCUACAUUAAACAUGGAACAGAAAACCAAGAAUGUGAUCAUCUGUCUAAUAGUCGUUGGAAUAAUCGUCUUCAUCGGAGCAAUGCUUGGGACUUCUUUACGCAAGCUCAGCACAGAAGAAGUUGGUGUUGCAUACAAUAUUCAUCAGAAGGAGCUAUCUUCCGAAGUGAAGAGAGAAGGGCUCCAUGCCGGCUCGCCAGGCUACAAAUUUAUUAUAUUUCCCAGCGUCUUUCAGAGUAUAAUUUUCAAUGAGUUAGAGUGUCUUAACAGGGAAGGCAUUGAGAUAAAGUUGAACGUACAGUUUCAGUAUCGAGCGCGGCCGAACAAUCUCCGAGAGAUCAUUUUGCAGUUUAAGGACAAGGAUAAUUACGUCAAACUGCUCAAGAGCAUUAGCGAGUCCGCCAUACAUGACGCCUGUAGUUCAUUCAAUACCACGCAGCUUCAAGCUGAACGCGCUUCCUUUCAAGAUCUUGUUCGUAAAACCAUUGGACGGAGAUUUGACAAUGCAUGGGCAGAUGUUGAAGACCUUCAGGUUCAAAACAUCAUGCGUCCAGAUUCCUAUGAAAAGGUUAUUCGCACGAAAGAGGCAGCCAAAGAAAAUAUCAAGGUAGCUGAAAAUGAGCGCCCUCGGCUACUAGUAGAAGCAAAGUCUGACAGAGAAGAAGCCAUCAAGCAAGCGCAGAUAACAAUUCAGCGCGCAGAGUCCGAGGCCAGGGUGCUCUUGACCAAAGCCAACGCCGAGGCAAGUAGCAUACGAGCAGCGUACGAAGCAGAAUCCGCGGCAUUCCAGAAGCUCAAGAGUGAGACGCUGAGUAACAGUGUGGCGGGGCUACUGUCUUACCUUGGUGUGAGACUUAUCGCUGAGAACAAUAACACCGUUAAUCUUGCCAUAGAUGCUCCGGCGAAAACCAAGUAUACUUAUACUUAAACGGACAGUGUAAGUCCUCGCACUCAACAGAGACAGGAUAACUGAAGAAGGAAGUUUGCGUUGAUUUGUUACUGUUUGGUAUAGAUUUGCACAAUGCUGCGUUAAUUUGCGAUGAUUUGCAGGCUUCACUUAGAUCAAGCACAAGUAUGCUCGCAAGUCGAGAAAUGCUUUCCCCCUUUUUUCUCACUUUGGAUUUUCAUGCACGGCUUUCCUAAAUGGCUGACACCAAGAUAAUAAAAUGGCCACUCGACAAAUGUAAAAAGGAAAAUAAAAUAUUUAUUGCGGGAUGCCAA